UAGAUCUGAUUGGACAAUUGUGAGCUAUAAUUUUAAAAACCUAGUGCGGAAAAGGAAAAGGAAUUUCUGAAAUAAGUAAUUAGUAGAGAAACAUCAGUAUUUAGAUUGAUUUUAUUGAAAAUGUAACCAAAAACAAUACUGGUGUACCUAUCUUUAUUAUUUUUUUUAUUAAAUAUAAACUUACACGGAAUGUUUUUAGUUACUAUUACUUAAAAACCCUAAAGUUAACCAAUCAAAAUCUAUUUCACGGAUAACAAAGGAAGUUGAGAAACAAAUUCGGACUUUUAAGAAAAAAGAGAAACUGAGUAGCGUGCCGCAACUGGCAGCUGAAUUUUAAAGCCAACAAUGGGUGUCCCGGCAUUUUUCCGUUGGCUUAGUCGAAAAAAUCCAACUAUAAUCGUGCAUUGUAUUGAGGAGAAGCCAAAGGAAGUCGAUGGCGUCAAGAUCCCUGUGGACACAAGCCAGUCUAAUCCCAAUGACUACGAGUUUGAUAACCUCUACCUUGAUAUGAAUGGGAUUAUCCACCCUUGUUGUCACCCAGAGGACAAACCUGCCCCCAGAAAUGAAGAUGAAAUGAUGAUUUUAAUCUUUGAGUACAUAGACAGAAUUUUCUCGAUUGUGCGACCCAGAAGAGUGCUUUACAUGGCCAUUGAUGGUGUUGCACCAAGGGCCAAAAUGAAUCAACAGAGGUCCAGAAGAUUCCGAGCAUCUAAAGAAACUAAAGAGAAAAUUGAAGAAAUGGCACGUCUUAGGGAUGAACUGAGUAGUAAAGGCUAUAAUCUUCCUCCGGAGAAGGAAAAGGGAGAGCACUUUGACAGUAACUGCAUCACACCGGGUACCCCUUUCAUGUUCAGACUGGCAGACUGUCUGCGGUACUACAUACACGAGAGACUGAAUAAUGACCCUGGCUGGCAGAAUAUCAAAAUCAUUCUGUCUGAUGCCAAUGUACCUGGAGAGGGGGAACACAAAAUCAUGGAUUUCAUUAGGAGACAAAGAGGUCAACCAGAUCAUGACCCAAACACAAAGCAUUGUCUUUGUGGAGCAGACGCGGAUUUAAUCAUGUUGGGACUAGCUACUCAUGAACCUCAUUUUACAAUCAUUAGAGAAGAAUUUAAGCCUAACCAACCCAGGCCUUGUGAUUUGUGUGGACAGUUAGGUCAUGAGAUGAAAGAGUGUCUAGGUUUACCAAAGGAGAUGUGUGGAGAGAAUGAUGAAUUGCCCAAACUAAUGGGAGCAGAGCAGGAGUUUAUAUUUAUCAGGUUAAAUAUUUUGCGAGAAUAUUUAGAAAGAGAGCUUUUAAUGGACAACCUACCUUUCAAAUAUGACUUUGAGAGAGCGAUAGAUGACUGGGUCUUUAUGUGCUUCUUUGUGGGUAAUGAUUUCCUGCCUCAUUUACCUUCAUUGGAAAUUAGGGAGGGAGCAAUUGACAGACUGGUCAAAUUGUACAAAAGUUGUGUGAGAAGAACAGGGGGAUACCUUACCAAUAGCGGGGUGGUCAAUCUAGAACGAGUACAAGUGGUCAUGUCAGAUCUUGGACAAGUGGAGGAUGAAAUUUUCAAGCGCAGAAGGGAAACUGAGCUGGAGUUCAGGAGAAGAGACAAGCAGAGGAAACAAAGGGAGAAAAGAUUUGCAGAUGGUCCCCGGUGGACCCCAGGAGGUCAGUUUGCUCCUCAGCCCCUGGGUCAUUCUCACAAUUCCCCCUCCCCCGUUAGUAACCCCCGACACGAGGCAGCUAGAGGACGAGUAGAUAGUAUGAGGAAUACAACUAAUAAAAAUGCUGCAGCAGAGCUCAGAGCCAUGAUGACAAAAGAUGAUCAGCGUGGUGAGAAGAGAAAAUCGGGGGACCAGUCGAAACCAGACGAGGAGGAGGAAGAUGCGGAACCAGCUGAUGAAGUCAGACUGUGGGAGGAUGGAUGGAAGGACAGAUACUACAGCUCAAAGUUUGGAGUCGAUGGCUCAGACGAGGAAUUCAGACAUACAGUGGCAAAUCACUAUGUACGAGGUCUGUGUUGGGUCCUGAGAUACUACUACCAGGGCUGUGCCUCCUGGAAGUGGUACUUCCCUUACCACUACGCACCUUUUGCCUCAGAUUUUGUGAAUAUCGCACAGCUGUCCAACUCGUUCGAGAAACACACAGUACCAUUUAAGCCCCUAGAACAGCUGAUGGGCGUGUUUCCAGCCGCCAGUAAGAAACACCUUCCUCUCACUUGGCAGAGACUUAUGUGUGAUCCAGAAUCUCCUAUCAUAGAUUUUUAUCCAACUGAUUUUAAGAUUGAUCUUAAUGGUAAAAAGUAUGCUUGGCAAGGUGUGGCAUUACUGCCAUUUGUGGAUGAGAAGAGGUUGUUGUCUGCAUUAGAGAAAGUCUACCCUGAUCUCUCAGAGGAGGAAUGUGAGCGCAACACAUGGGGCAAUGAUCGACUGUUUGUGGGCAUCAGACAUCCAUCCUAUUCAUUUUUAGAGGGUCUCUAUGAAGGCGAGAAAACAACAGAGGGAGUACAGUUAAACCCCAAGAAUUCAGAGGGAAUGGCAGGCUUGGUGUGGUCGGACAAAAGGGUCACCCUGACAGGAGAGACUGUUGAGUCCCCACUGAAAGAACUCCAACCAAUCACAGACAACAGGGCUCUUAGUGUUCAUUAUAAAGACCCACAGUAUGAUGAAGAUCACUUGUUUGAGGCUGUGGUUCUUGAAGGAGCUGUGUUUGAUGGGGAUAAGAUUGCACCUUCCCUGACCCCCAAGCUAGAUUUGUUUCCUAUCUACCAGUAUCUGUGGCUGAUGCCAGACAAAGUCCUAAAGCCCGAGGAUUUUAAUCAGAGGAACCCAGGUCGGGGCUGGCGGCCACAGGUCGGCAUGUCGCGUAACAGUAUGUAUCGUGGGAAGGAUAUGGGAGCAGCCAACCGCAUGAUCAGACAUGGAGUUGGGAAUCAGUAUGGUGCAACAAUACCACCACCAAGAAACUUUGGGCAGCAAGGAGGAGGGUACCAACAAAGAGGGGGAUAUGGCUCCUCUGGUAACUAUGGAAACAAUUCUGGGUAUGGCUACAGGCAAGGAGGUGUUCUUCUGAAAGAAGCUCAGAGACUGAAAACCGAGCUCACACACACCAGUAGAUCAGUAAUCACAUAGAAGAUUUGUUACAUUCUCAUGAUUAAAAGGUAAUUCAACCAAAGAUGGAGUUAUUGGUUUGUAAACAUUUUUUUAAAUAUACUAUAUUCAUAUUUACGAAUUAACGAUAUUUUAUACUGAGUUAUUAAUAACUAGUUUUUCAACAAAUAUAAAGUAGAUGUAAAUUAUGCCUAUAGUAAACAUAAAAUAGUGUCACCAAUAUAAUCUAUAGGACCACAGAGUAAAUGAAGGCCAGUAAAUGAUCUCAUUAGUGUUUUGUGUUGAUUUCAAGGAAAUUAGAACCUUAAAUUUAUAAAGCAGCCCUAAAGAACAUGUAGCAAUUAAAUAUGAAGAGGUGUACUUGAGCGCGGCCAGGAUUGGCACAGGCAUUGGAAGGAAACACCUGUGCUGAACUCAUACGCGACUCCCCGUGGAUCAGAGAGGAAGCACACAAAUACACCACAAUUAGCACAGUUCUUCAAAUAUGAAAGAGAUAUCAUUGGUGAUUGUGCCUAGAUCUGUGAAAAGUGUUGGAGUCUCUCUACAACAAGGCUGACACAUGCUGACUGUUGACAAAGACACAGAUUUUUUUGGAACAACGUUGAGAAGCAUACAGAAAAUUAUUGUACGCCUUUUGAUGAAGUAGAAUAUUAAAAGCAGUUUAAUUAAUUAGUAUUUACAUAUUUUUCACAUAUUUAGCUUGUUUUGUAUUGAUAAGGUUUCAUACUGUGAUAGGGAGGAUCUGAUAAUUUGUGAGCACCAUGUAAAUGCGUACUCCUUGCAGAAUUUUUCUUUGAACAACUUCCUGUCGUGAAACCCCAGCAACUGCCUCAUUUGGUGGUCUAGAUCUGUGAUGGAGCUUCAAUUAAUUGAUAAAAACACCAUAUAUUUUUUUAGGAUUUCUCAUUUUAUAGGUCAAACAACUGUGACAGAUAAAAAGAUAUUUAUACCCCACGCAACGAAGUUGCGGAGGAGGGUAUAAUGUUUUCGACCCGUCCGUCAGUUCCUUUUUUGUCAGCGCAACUCCUCAGAGACCGCUCAAUAGAAUUUCGUGAAACUUUGUAGUUAAUAAGGACACACAGUGUGGAUGUGCAUAAUUCCAGGAAAUUUUGAUUCAAUAAUUUUUCUAGGAGUUAUGCCCCUUUUGAACUUAGAAUUUCGAGCCCCUCUGUCCUGUUCUUGUCGGCACAACUCCUCUGAGACCGCUCAACAGAAUUUCGUGAAACACUGUAGUUAAUAAGGACACGUUGUGUAGAUGUAUGUAUUCCUAGGAAAUUCUGAUUCAAUAAUUUUUCUGGGAGUUAUGCCCCUUUUCAUCUUAGAAUUUCGAGCCCGUCUGUCCUAUCUAUGUGAGACAUAGUCAAGCAAUGUUGGAGCUUGGGGUAUGUGAGCUUGCGAACUUCUGCAUUCUUUCAUUUAAGUGGCAAAACUUUAAAAUAGUCCAGAAAAUAUGAAAAUAUUUUGAGCCGAGUUGCGACGAAGUUGAACUCGGCUAUUGGUUUGGUGAUGCGGGCGGGUGGGCGGGCUUCAACAAUUGGUUUCCGGAUGAUAACUCGAAAAGUUUACAAUCUAAUCAAAUGAAACUUUGAUAUAUUGUUGGGUACCAGGUAAGGAAGACCCCUAUUAAUUUUGGAGGAAAAUGGUCAAAGGUCAAGGUCACAGUGACCGAAAAUAGAAUGAAAAUUUCUGAAAAAUUUGGUUUCCGGAUGAUAACUCAGAAAGUUUAAGUCCAAAUCAAAUGAUACUUAAAAAUAUUGUUAUGUACCAGGUAAGGAAGACCCCUAUUGAUUUUGGAGGAAAAUGGUAUAAGGUCAAGGUCACAGUGACCGAAAAUAGAAUGAAAAUUUCUGAAAAAUUUGGUUUCCGGAUGAUAACUCAGAAAGUUUAAAUCCGAAUCAAAUGAUACUUAAAGAUAUUGUUAUGUACCAGGUAAGGAAGACCCCUAUUGAAUUUGGAGAAAAUAGGUCAAAGGUCACAGUGACCGAAAAUAGAUUUAAAAUUCAAAAAAAAAAAUUGGUUUCCGGAGGAUAACUCGAAAAAAAUUUUUAAUUUGAAUCAAAUGAAACUUGGAUAUAUUGUUGGAUACCAGCAAAGCAAGGUCCCUAUUGAUUUUGGAGAAUCAAAGGUCAAGGUCACAGUGACUGAAAUUAGAUUGAAAACUUAAGACAAAUAUGGUUUCUGGACAGUAACUCAAAAAGUUUAAAACUGAAUCAAAUGAAACUUAGUCAUAUUGUUGGAUAGCAGGUUAGGAAGACCCCUAUUGAUUUUGGAGAAAAAAGGUCAAGGUCACAGUCCUGAAAAAAGAUUGAAAAUUUUAGAAAUAUCUGGAUCUGCAUGAUAACUCUAAGAGGUAAUAUACAACAGUGAAGGAUGCCCAUUUCCAAACUCCUUUAAAAAAUAUAUUCACAAGAAUUUAUUACAUUAUAUCCAACAAUUUGUUCUUCACAAUUAUAAAUAUGCCACAUCAUUCCUGACUUUACAAUGUAUUCUAUGCAACUCGGCUCAUGCACUCCUGGGUGCAUAUAUUGAUUUUUAUAGAUAUUGUACAAAGUAAUAGAUUAAAAAAAAGUCAAGUACAUGAAUACACUAUGCUAUUUAUAGAAAACAUCAUCAGAAUAUGUAAUAGUUUUAUAUUUUGUAAAUUCGGAUUUUGUAUUGACACUUAAGCAUCUGUAGUCCUUCUCACAAAAGUCUUGACUAAGGUUAAAAAGAAAACUUACCCAACAAUAAAAAGUACUUCACAAGGUUUUCAGGAUGUUUAAAGGUUUAUCAGCCAUAUAGAGAUAGUGUCUGUGCUCAUUAAAAAACUACAAGAGAGGAACUAUAUGGAAAUUGCAGCAUUUCUAAAUUUUGAUUCUAGUCAUAAGGUUAUUUUGUGAAACAGGACUGGCUGAGUACUAAUUAUUGCCACUUUUUCAAUCUUUCCUGAUGAUUUCUUGUAUUCCUGAACAGCAAGCUGUGUUGUACAUUUUGUAUUACUGUACAAUAAAAGUUACCAAAAGUUGUAUUUCAUUUUCCUUGAAGGAUUAAUUUGGCUCUUAAAAACCAUAAAACUUCAAAUGAAAUCUUUGAGAUUUGAAAUAUAUUUUCAAACUUGAUUUUUAUGUUGUGAAACACUGAAUAUCUUGCUCUAUGAGACCAGAAAUAAAGCUUUAAUCAAUUGUUUGGUUUUUUAUGGAAUAUAGUGUUACCCCUUUCCAUCAUUCUGUAAUAAUUUAGUCUCCGUUCAACGAAAAUUUGGUAUAUAGAUACAUCUUGAGAAUAUUCAGGUCAAAUCUAUGACAGAAUUGUGCUCGUUAGACUUUUAAAAAAAAUUAAAACAAUUCAUAGUUUCUGCUUGUUAUAGACGUAUUAUGAGAAUAUGCAGGUGAAGUACUUGAGCAAGAUAACUUCACUUAUUUCCAGCAAGGUCAUUCAUGUCGUUCCGACACAUCUACAUGUAAUAUUUAGAAAAAAUAGAGCCACUUCAUGAACUAGAUUGUCAAUUCUUUCAAUGAUGUAUAUUUGACAAACAUGUAUGUAGUAACAUUACAAAUCUGUUUAUGAAGUCACUAAGAGGAAAUUCUUAUGAAAAUUGGCAUUUUUUUCACUAAAAUUUCAAAAAUCUAAGGAAAGUAAAUUUUAAAGUCAUUUUAUGUGGACAAAUAUAUUACCAUGUAGUACUUUCAAUGCCAUACUUUAGAUGUACCCAAAAUUCAUGGGUCAUCUCAUAUGUCACCACUUCUUUAUCAAAUGGAAAUUAUACAUUCUUAAAAAUUCCUUUUUAAGUAAUUAUUUUGCAUGUAAUUUCAAAACUGUUUACAGAUUUAUGUCUGUGUUGAUGCGAGCCUCGAUCAUCCAGACAUUUGUGUACUUUCCUUACAAAUGUCUGGACUCUUUGAACUGUUAUAUUUUUCUAAACUCAAAGCGAGGCUUAUUGAAAUUCUGAUAAAGAUGCUGAUUGGCUAGUUCAAUAAGGUGAAAACUGCGCCCAUAGGAGUUGGAGCAUACAUUUUCCACUGAAAUAAAUCAGAUUCAGUGUUUAGAACAUUUUUCUUCCGGAAAACAUCAGUUUGGAUUCUUCCUUGUGCAACUAUUAUAUAUGUUGAAUAUGACAUCUGGGAUGACCCUUGUUUGAAAUACAAUAUUUUCAAUUAAUCCUGAUAAAGUAUCUUUUAUUUGAGUUCAUGCAAAGAACUCACAAUUUCUAUCUUGCAAACACAUUCUAUUUCAAUAACGUCCUUAAUUUGAUCAGUGCCAUUUAAUGGGGACAAUUUUUCCUACAGAAAGUGUCCAGAUGAUUAUGGAGAGUAGAUACAAACAUCUGAAGGACUGAGACAAUAUUGAUACAGGCUGUGCAUCAUGGCAACAUAAUUGAAAUUUUCAUUAUUCACAUGAAUAUGAUUUUCUGCUUCUGAAAUUUUAGAUCUUAUGAUUUUGAUUAACACCAAGAGCAUAUACUUAAACAAUAAAAUGCUUUCUUUGUUGUUUCAUCGGGUGAUGAAGGUAUAAAUUCAGAUUGCAGAAUAAAUUCAUAACCCGCUUAUGCAGGUUAUAUAUAAAAAAAAAUUAUAUUUAUAUUUUUAUGUAUUGUUUUAAAAUAUAAACUAGAUUUAAGUACUAAUGCACCGUUUGACCUUGAUGAUGCUCCAUAUUUGGUAAUGAUUACACAGACAGGUGGUACUAAAAAAAACUGGAUUGAACUAGUUUGCAACAAACAUUCAUUCAUUGUCACAGAUGAAAGCAUUGUUAAUUUCAAUAGAAAUAUAAGAGAAAAGAUUCAGUGAAUGUAAAUAUAUGUAUAUGUUAAAUCAAGGACAUGUUUUGUCCAAUACGUUUGAAAGGUUCACAGAAUCUCAAGGUUCACAAUGCAUAUCUAUAUAUUUAGGUUAUACUGAUACAAAAUCCAAAAGAUAUUUCUAGAUGCUUAAUUUAAUUAAAUAUUCAAGAACUUUAGAUAUAGAAUUGUGUGAGCUUCAAAAGCCAAGUUAGCAUUGACUGGUACCUGGUGAAAGUCCAUACUUGCCCAAUAGAGUUUGUAAAAAAGUAUUUGUUAACUGCAGAGAUCAGCAAGGAUGGAGAGGUGGUGGGGGAGGAGGUGGGUACCAGCAAGGUGGAA